GACAUGAAUAAACGUGGUAACGCAGAGAAACAGGACAGCGUCACGUUGCUAGAACUGAAGUCCAUAGGGAGUCCUCUGGCACGCGCGUUUCCAGAUCCAGCUGCGCACGGUGUGUAUUUAAAAUUUCAGCAGAGCACCUGCUCGCUUGCUUUUUCUCCAGAACAAGUAUCGUGUAUGUCCGAGGCACUACAACAGGGAGGCAACGUGGAUCGCUUGGCCAGUUUUUUGUGUUCCUUACCACAAACCAACUUGUUAAGGCGCGACGAAAGCUUGCUAAAAGCUCAGGCUGCUGUUGCUUUCCACCAGUCUCGGUACCAGGACCUUUAUUCUAUUCUCGAGCAUCACAGCUUUAGUCCGUCAAGUCAUUCAUUGUUGCAGGAUAUGUGGUACAGGGCGCGAUAUAUCGAGGCGGAGAAGGCUCGGGGGAGACCCCUUGGCGCCGUGGAUAAAUACCGCUUGAGGAGGAAAUAUCCGCUUCCCCGAACUAUCUGGGAUGGAGAAGAGACUGUAUACUGCUUCAAAGAAAAGUCACGAAAUGCACUGAAGGAUUUAUACAAGCGUAAUAAGUACCCCUCUCCUGUCGAAAAGAGAAACCUGGUUAAAAUCACAGGACUUUCAUUGAUGCAGAUCAGCAACUGGUUUAAAAAUAAAAGACAGAGGGAUAAAAACCCACAAGAGACCAAGUCAAAGAGCAGUGAAUCAGAUGGAACCUACAGUUCGGAGGAUGAGUCCAGCAAGGGCGAUUUCUCUCCCCACCCUGUGACCAAUCGCUCAGACGAGACGGUUACCCGGGUGGGUGGCCCAGACUGUGGGCUAGUCCUCCAGCAGACUGGGGGCAUGGGGUCACCCUACGGUUCUGGGGGAGCACCAGCCAGCACCUUCACGAGCAGCAGUUCCUACACUCAGCUAUUGGGCAGCCUGUAGCGUAGUGGCUAAGGUACAUGAUUGGGACCGGGAAGGUUGGAGGUUAAAGCCCUGAUGUAGCCACAAUAAGAUCCACACAGCUGAUGGGCCCUUUGUGCGAGGCCCUUAACCCCGCAUUGCUCCAGAGGGGAUUGUCCGCUGCUUAGUCAAGUUGCCCAGUUGACAGGGAAGUGAAGUAUUAGUCCCAUCUGCAUUAAAGACACGCUGAUACAGAAGUCAGGGCAGCACUAGCUUCAGAGAUAUGACCUAUAGGCGAGUGAACCAAACCAAGCACACCGCUGCAUUAAAGGAUAUUGAUUGGGGGGGAAGCGGAAAAUUGUACCACUGGUACACGAU